AUGAACCAUCUAACUGCUCAGUUUAUUCGCAAGAGCGCUGCUCAGGCCCCUCUAUGCCGUCGAUUCUCUGUCACUACUGCGUCCUCUAUGUACAAUCGGGUAACGCUAGUUGGUAAUGUUGGACAACUCCCUACUUUCCAUGAAUUUCCUGCUCGUAGUCAGGAAGACGGUGGAGCUGUUUCUGAAACCUCUUCAGCUAGUACUGCUACUGGAGUUUGGACGUUUUCUGUUGCCACCAACCGAUCCAAGAAAUCCUUUACUGGUGAAUGGGUCAGAGAAACUGACUGGCAUCGUAUUAAGAGCUACAGGGACAUGUCCAACCUUACUCCAGGCCAAAAGGUUCUUGUUGAGGGAGAGAUUCGUUACUGGCGGUCUGGUGAAAAGAGUGGAACCGAAAUUCAUGCGAACAAAGUAGUUGCUUUCAACCAUCCUGCGACUCAUCAGCUUGGCGAUGAAGUUCCUAUGCCAGAAAACUGA